ACGAAAGUAACGUCCCGUUUACUCGUGCGCGAAAUGGUUUGUCGUUCGAACGGAUUUUCGUUGUUGGUGCGGUCUUCGUUUCUCGUUAUUUUGUUGCUUGGAAUACCCAAAUAUUCUCGUGGUUAUUUGUGGGCUAAACCGAACACUUACACGAGCAGAUGGGACAAGGUGAAUCUGGACGAGAUUCUCGACAGUAAAAGACUGCUUCACCAUUAUUUCAAGUGCCUGAUGAGCAAAGGUCCCUGCCCACCGGAUGGCGCGGAGCUCAAACGUAUUCCUGAUCGGAAUACCUACACGACCAGAUGGGACAAAAUCAAUGUUGACGAGAUCAUCCAAAACAAAAGACUUCUCCAUCAUUAUUUCAAAUGUCUUAUGAGCCAAGGACCGUGUCCACCAGAUGGCGCAGAGCUCAAAAGAGUUUUACCGGAGGCUCUAGCUACGGGGUGUUCCAAAUGCACGAAGAGUCAGAUCGAAGGAUCCGUCAAAGUGAUUCGUUAUCUCAGGGAGUUCGAGGCCGAAAAGUUCGAUAUUCUCGCGAACAAAUACGAUCCUGAGGGCAUUUAUAGACGCCGGUAUCUUCAGCCACCACCGGAUGACAAUACAGCUUGAAUUAUUGAAACGUGGUUCAUCGUUUUUCUUCAACGUUAUCAUCGAAUAUUUUUUUAUUCCGCUGACAAAAUAUUGACAGAAAAAAAGAAUCCGUGAAUUCGACUGUUUUCGUUGCCUCGUUAUCGCUAUUGUUGUUUUUUUUAUUUUCUUUUGUCUGUUUUUACGUUGAGCUUAUUUCAACAUUUUUUAUAAAAAGUUGUCACCGACUCCAUAUUUAUUGAAUAAAAAUAUUGUUGACAGUCGAACGUCCCUAUUUAUUU